CUUUAUUCCUAAUCAAGAAUAUGGAUAUGAGUCUUUAUCAGAAAUGGAUGGCGAGAGCCAGCCAACCGACAGAGCCAUUAAUCCCCCUUCGUCAGAUAUCCGUUGCACUAGCCCCGUCACCUCUACCCGAGAAGACAGGAACGAAUUGAAGGUUUACCAAGCGCGACUUAGGACAGUUAUCGAAAAGCUGAAGGCGAUGAAAAACCCUCUCUCGUACAAAUGGAGAGGGGUUUUUCUGCUAUUUUCAACCGAGCAAUGGGUGGACGCAGUUUCUCGGAUUACUUUUGAUGAGUUCAAGGUCUUGUUAGGAAGCGACAAACCACCGAAGUUUAAUGAUUUGGUGAGCCUUGGUGACAAUUACAUGGAACAUCCCGGUGUGUAUCUAUCGUUGGUUUCCCGCAAGGACACGAUUAUUGAGAACCAUGUGUAUGUUGGGUCAGCCACCAGUUGCCGCGGUAUAGCUCACAGAUUCAAUCAGCAUACAAAUGCCGUUUAUAGCCAGUCUCAAGCGAAACUAGGCUCGUUACAUCAUGGUCUACUGAGCGAUCCUAAUAUCCCCAAAGAAAGGAGAUUUGCUGUUGUGGCUGCCACGAAAUUUCCCUUCGAGCAAGACAAGAGCAAGAUUCUCGGUAUGCGAUAUACCUGUGUAGUCGCAGAGGGGAUCUAUACGCACUGGCUUUCGGCAAUUGCAGAACAUUUCGAGGCAGGGCAAUACGACUUUCUUCCCGUCUGCCCAUGGGAAAAGUCCGAAAUUCAGUAUGGAGGAGUCUGCCGUUGGUCACCAUUCCGACUGCCGAUCCCUGGCAAAGAGUCCAUGAGGUCAAAAGAAGAGAAAAGGCUGGUGCGAAGAUCUUAUGAUCGUCAACGAAGGAAGUCACAGACAGUCAAAGAAAAGGCAUACGUCAGGAAUUACAACAAGGCCUAUCAGUCUAUCAACGUUGAAAACAGGAAAAGAUGGCAAAAGCAAUAUCGGAUCAGGGUCAAGCAAAGGGCAGAAGCGAACGCAGCGCAACCCGAGAACGUGGAAGCAAACAGCCGGGUCUACCGAUGCUCAUACUGUGGGAAAGAUGGCCAUCACAUUGGUGGAUGCAACAGCCCAGGUGCGAAGAAGUUUAUAGUGCGCCCCAGGUGCUCUCAUUGCCGUCAACCUGGUCAUAAAAUCACCACUUGCCCUAGAAAACACAGCUCUGGUUUAUGAUAGUGCAACGAAAGAAACGUCUGGUUGCUAGUGGAUAUUAGAUAUGUAGACAAUAUUUCCC